AUGUUUUUUCCUAGUGGCAAAGAAUUAAAUUUAAUUAAUGAUGAACAUUUUUUAAAAUUUUUUCAGUGGUUAACAGAUAUUAUAAUUAUUGUAAUUUCAGAGAAGGAAUAUUACGAAGGUGUGGGCAAACGUGUGAAUUACCAAGAAGUCACACCUUGCUUGAAAGGGGUCAAAAAAUUAUGGAGGCAACUCUUGGACACUGACCUCUGGAAAACCAUAAAAUUGGACAGGAAGAUCUUAAUCAGAUCAGUCAGAGAUGGUGUACCCAAAGAAAUGAGAGGUGACAUUUGGAAGCUACUGAUCCUCCAGAAUAAGCUGCAUCAAAAUGGAAACGUUGAACACCAGGAAUUCAACAACAACAUCUCCAAUAAAACUACCAGCGAUUAUGAUGCUCUUCAUUAUGAUCUUUUGAAAAACCAGUUGACUUCACAUCAGCAUGCUAUCCUAAUUGACUUGGGUCGAACUUUCCCGAGCCAUCCGUUCUUCUCAUCAGCAGCAGGGCCUGGCCAAGCUUCUCUCUUCAACGUUUUGAAGGCUUAUUCAGUGUUGGAUGCCGAGGUUGGCUACUGUCAAGGACUGAGUUUUGUUGCCGGCGUUAUUCUUAUUCAUGUGAAUGAAAGAGAUGCAUUCGAUGUAUUGAAGUACAUCAUGUUCGAACUUGGCUUCAGGAGGCAUUACAGACCUGACAUGGUGCCCCUUCAACAGGUGAGUAUGUACCAGCUAACUCGUAUGUUGCACGACUCCUACAAAGACUUGUUUGAUCAUUUCGACGCGAAUCAGAUCGCUCCAACGUUGUAUGCUGCCCCUUGGUUUCUCACAAUCUUUGCCUCUCAGUUCCCGCUAGGAUUUGUAGCAAGAGUUUUUGACUUGAUCCUAAUGCACGGGACUGAGGUCAUCAUUAAAGUGGCUCUCGUGCUGCUGGACAAUCAUAGAGAACUCAUCAAGCAAUGUUCUUCCUUUGAAAGUCUUGUCGAGUUUCUGAAAAUCACUUUACCCGAUAUGGCCAUCAUCCAAAUGGAAAAAAUUUUCAAUCAAGUCUAUUCAAUGGACAUAACUCGAUGUUUGGAAGCUUAUGAAAUGGAGUAUCACAUUCUCCAUGAAGAGAUCAGUCGGCCUAUUAAAAACUCUUCCCAGAUUGACGAUUGUGAUAAAAUUUUGACGAGUCUUAGGAGACAAAAAAUGGAGUUGCUGGAGCAGCUGCAGAUUGCCAGAAGGCAAAUACUAUCAUUGGAAGAAGAAAACUGUUUUCUUUCAAAUAACCAAAUGAAGUUGAAAUCUCAAAACCAAAUACUGGAGCUGGAAAGGACAGCUCUUCUGAAAAUGAUUGAUCAGAUGAACAACAAAAAUGAAGUGAAUCCUAAUCCUGAGAAGAGUGAAGAACUCAUUACGAACAUGCACAGCUCUUCAGGCGAAAACGUCCCGCUCGGCAUUUAA